AUGAGGAAAUUAAAUUCAAAAACACGAAAACAUAUCAGGUGGGAUCUGCUCUGCCCUAAAUUCUGGAAGGCAAUUAACACAAGAGCGACUGAUGGAAACAAUUAUCAAGAACUGAAUUUCCUGCUUCAGGAGCUGGCUCCGCAAGAUCAUGAGGGCGAUUUCAGAGACAUGCUUCUAUAUCUACGGAGCUAUGUUGACGGAGAAAAAUCCCGAGAAAAAGAGGAAAAAAAGGAGGAUCUCAUGCGUCAACUGGUCCCCUGCAUACUGAAGGUGUGGUUCUGUGCGGGGGUUGCUAACCCUUUUAUUAGUUGGGAGAGAGUGACAGAUGCCGUAGGAAUAAAAGCACCGUGGGAACAACUACAAAAUGAAGUAAAAACUGAAGCCUGCGCCGCUAUUCAGCAGGCUCCUCCAGAGUUCACGGCAUCAGGAAUAUUCUCAGGAGCGUGUGCCCCAGGCGUGAACAAGACUAGUAACUUCCAUUAUGAUUGCACAGGUUACAUUAUCCGUGCGCGAUUACAGAACGGGGCGCCUAAUUAUAAGAGGAGGGGUUGGGUGAACAUCAGGAACAUUAAUAUACCUCAGAAAAGCAUUAGUGUCUGGUUACGGGCUCUACAUAUCUCCCUCUCUUAA